GAGUGAGUGAAACAACUUAAUACAGUCCACAAUAGACACGAAUAAACUAAACGUCACCUGGCUAUGCCAACUCGGGGACCAUCAGGUGAAACCUGAUGGCCCUCUCGUGGGCCCUCUGGACUGCCAGCAUUUGAGAGGUCUGGUCCUGGGCCUAGAUGAGCUUCAUCUUUCCCCUUGGGCGAAAGGGGCACCGGCACAGGCGCAGCGCCACAGGACACAUAUUGUGCGGGUGCAUAACAAACGCGUGCGCGACGCGACGAAGACGAGUUUCCGCUAUAGCUGUCACGCCCCACGCUUGCACGCGGAAAGAAGAAGAAGCUGCCCACCUUGAUGACUGGCGGCGUUCCUUGCUCCGUCGACAUCCUGGCUGGAAAUACGGCAACCAAGGCGUAUGUAUUGCAACUUAUCAGUAAGUAAGUCUAACCAUAGUAUCAUGCCUUUUCAUAUUUCCCAGAAAAGAUCAACUCAUGCUGUUCGAUCACCGUGAUAAUUGCCUUCUGCGUUGCUAAACUGCCUCUCGCCAACCCAGGAAACGCUGUGUGAGCACGGAUGCGCCUGAUGAGCCAACCGACGUCCCAAUAGAAGCAUUUCUAUCGACUUACGAUGAAAAAUUUUAGGUAAGUGCUUGUUCCAACGACACAAAUCACUAUCGGAGUUAUAGCAAACGGUUCUGGCGUCAUUUCAUAUCUCGCUAGUGUUCAUGGUGGGAGCGGUUUAAGUCAUUAACUUGCUGAUGCGUUAAUGGUGUCGUAGUCUUUUCUGAGGAUAUCAGAAGCUAUGUGUAUCGCCAGGAGUAGAGCUUUUGUUAUGUUAAGUAUUUGAUUUGCCGACCGUCUGCCACUAUUUCAGCUGCGUUUCCAACGUCAUGCGAGGCUGAUAACAUCAUUUACAUACUGAUUGGAUCAAACGGCUUUGAGGCGGUCGAGGAGGUAAUGUGCUGCAAUGCUGUCAUCGAGGUACUUUAUACUUUUGGCUGGCUACAACUGACACAGGAAGGAAGCAGUUUGAGACAGUAUGUUAGCAUAAUGUAUGUGCCUAGACACGUGCGAUAUUACCUAGGUGGCCUCAAUUCUGGCGUUGCAUGACCAGAGCGGCAAACAAUAUUUGAGGACCGUGUAACCAGCGGUAGAGCAUAGGUAAUAUGAAUGAGAGAACUUUGCUAACUGACUUUUUUUUUUUUUGGAUGCCGGCCACAGAGUCACGCGGAACAGAUAAUCGAUGCACGAUUUCCCUACCAGCGCAAGGAAGAACACAAAAGAGAAGAGGAUAGGACGAGCGCUAGCCUCAAGCUAGAGUUUAUUCCGCCCGCGCCACUCUCGCUUAUUGUGGGAUAAAAGGUUGAGACAUGAUGACUAGGAAAUGUGUAGGCUUAGGAUGCAGUCAGUACGCACAGAACAGGGUCGCAACAGAAGAUCGCUGGGCGAAGCAUAUGUUUCGUACUGCCGGUGGAGUAAAAUAGAUUAAUCGUUCUCGUCAUUCCGGCUGAAUGAGCGGACGUGUGCACACAGGGAGGCCGCGGCGUCUACCGGUGAGGAUGCCGUGGAGCCGCUGUCGGCGAUCCAGUCCAUCGAGCAGUACCCGGGCGAGAAGGCCAUGGAGGCUCUGCGCAACUGGCAGCCUUCGGUGCGGGGAGGCACGCCGGCCUCGCCGCAGACGCUGGAGCUCGCCACGCCGCCCAUCCAGCAGGGCGCUGGUGGCUGCCUGACCAGCUGCAUUCUCGUCGCCUGCCUGGCAUCGUGCGCCGCCGGCACCACGCUGGGAUACGCGUCCACGGCAGCGCAGUCCAUCGAGCUCCAGCCCUGGUACACGCUCGAGCGCCGGUCGCCCGACAACCGCUUUUUCGCCGACCUGCUGCUCCUGGCGGCCGCGCCCAGCGCACUCACCACGGGACUGCUACUGGACAUGGUGGGAAACCGGUUGACGCUGCUGCUGGCCUCCUUUGGCCUGCUGGCCAGCUGGGUCACGCUGCUCUUCUGCUCCAACAUGAUUUCGCUGUUCGUGGCGCGCAUCAUGUCCGGUAUCUUCCUAGGCGCCCUCUCCAGCUGCGUUGGUCUGUACGUGGCUGAUAUCUGCCCCAGCCGCCGGAGGGCCUUCUUCCUCGGACUGGUAGAGGUGACGCGCAACGCGGGCAUCCUGAUGGCCUACGUGCUCGGCUACUGCUGCUCGUGGGAGGUGCAGGCCGGGCUGUGCGUGCUGCCCCCUCUGCUGUUCAUGUGCCUGCAGAGCCGCGUGCUGAACAGCCCCCAGUGGCUGAUGCGCAACGACCUGCUUCCCGAAGCCGCGCAUGCGCUCUACCGCCUGUACGGAGCGGAUGUGCCGCCAGAGUUCAAUGUCCGGACAGCGCGCGAUAUGAAGAACGCGUGGGACAGCGUGCCGGCGGCCACGUCAGCCAGGCGAGUACACGCGACAACUUUCUGCAAGCACUGAGGAAAGCUACGGGGGUGGAGCUAUUACUGCGGGGAGUGUCGUUCGGCGCAGCUUCACGGCGAUUUCAAUUUC